AUGCUUCAAAAUAUUGACUAUUUUCUCAGUUCUCUAAGACUGUAUAUAUAUACCAUAUGUGGUCCUCGAACUACAACAACCGACGACUUCACAGCUCAAGGAAAUCAUGAAAAUUGUCAUAAUGCAGUCACGAAUUGUCGUUCAGAUUCGACUCAGGGCACACACCCUACUUCCUGUUACAACAGUGUACUUCCUUGUCUGUGCGGCAACAGUCAUAGAAUUUGUGAACUUGCACUGGAAGCUCUAAGUGAUAAUCCAGCCAAUAUCGACCUUUACCACCCAUCAGAUAUGCUUGAAUUCUUGGAUUUGGAGUUACAGAAACAACGCAAGCAAUGUAUAUAUCACCUUUUUGGAAAUUAUGCAGUGCACACCGAAUCGCCUUCUGGGAACCCUCUUCUUGAAUAUUUUCAUGUGGUUCCUGGAUCAUUUGAAAUGGUUGUUCCAGGGUUGGAUCAACAAAAAUCAUACAAGACACACCCACCCCCACAAUCAGAACCAACCUCGAGAAUAAUACCAGCUGGAGGAGCAAGCACCCAACACAGUCCCCAACAAGUCGCCGCAGAUCAAAUAGUUCAUUGUGAGUGCUGCCGUGAAACACAGGGCCCAAGGUACCUUAAUUCUAACCACACCAACGAUCUUUCUCUGGCUGCGACCCUGGUACAAACUCCUCCCAUGCUUAAUGCUGAACUACCUACGAACGGCCAGGAGAUCGUACGUGAAGUUGCUUUGGUCGUGCCCAUUGAGAAUUCAUUAUUGACACCACAGUUAACACCGCUUUUUUCUGGAUUUGAUAUACCAAACGAAUUACAGGACAUUUCUCUAUUCCAAAGAUCAGAGAGACUGUAUACCUGCACAAUGUGUGGAUAUCGAACCAGGAACAGUUCCAAUUACACAAGACAUGUCCAAAAAUAUUCCAAGGACAGAAAAAUAUAUACCUGCCCAACCUGUGACAAAAUAUUUCCUACAAAAUUUAACAUGGAUCGCCAUUGCAAAAGCUUUGGACAUUGA